UGUCACGAUGCGUCGAUGAGUUGGAAACGGAAGUAAACUGGAUUUCUUUUUACCGAUUUGUUAGGCUAGAUAUAUUAACACGCAACGGAAUAGUUGGAGUUGGAGUUUCAUCCAAUGUCGAAUUUUGCGCUGUGCUGAGGAAAUGAAGGCAGUUGUCCUCGUCAUAAUUAUAUUUUGGUUAUUCAAUAAGUGUGCAGCUGAUAAAAAGUACUGUUGGUACUUUGAAGGAGGUUAUCCCAUCUAUUUUAUCUGUAGGUCUUAUGAGGACUGCUGUGAUACAGAGUGCUGUGUACGAGCCCUUUCCAUCCAGAAAAUCUGGUACUUCUGGCUGCUGCUGCUGCUGGCCAUCUUGUUCUGCUGUGGCGUGGGCUACUUGUUCCGCAGACGCAUUUACGCCUCGGCCAUUCCUGAAGAGGCCACUUUCGAUGUGUCCUUCACCAGCCAUCCAGUGUCAGCAACAGCAGGGUUGCAUGAGACUGACCUUAACAGCUAUAGAGGACCACCGGGUCUACUCUUCACUCCCCCCUACCCAGUGCAGCCCCAUGCUCUUCACCUUGCUGUCCCAUACGCUGCACCACCAGCCUACUGCAGCCAGCCGCCCCCCUCUUACGAGCAGGCAGUGAAGGACUCACAGAAGAGAUAGGCCUGCAUGGAGGCUCAAUGCACUCUCUCAUGGGCCAGGCAGUAGAGAGUUCAUCCCGUGGUGUGGUUGGAAGACUCUUCAUUUGGUUUUGUCUUGUGGGCAAGGCGCUUACAAAUGAUCCAGAAGCAAGUAAUUCAGUGUUACUAAUUUUCUACAAAUUCCAGAACACAGUGAUUAAGUUGGUCCUUUUUACAUGCAGCCUCAAUUUAACAUGGAAAGACAUGGCAUUCUUGGGAGAACAUUACUUAUCAUAGCCAUUGUGGGUUAACAGUAUUCUUUAUUCCUUUAGAUUAUUUUAACAGUUUUUUGGACAUACAUUCACUUAUCAACGUUCUCCCUAUUGACACACACACACACACACACACACACACACACACACACACACACACACACACACACACACACACACACACACACACAUAUCCUUAUAUAGAAAGUGAUAUGAAAAUGUGUACUAUGUGAAAUACUUUGUUUCAGUGGCCUCACAUGCCAAGUAAAAAAACUCCACCACCUCUCUUCUAAGAUGCUCAAGGUAGUAUGAAAGGAUCGUGAUGGAAUGCAGCCACAUACACGUGGAGGUGGUGUGUUGUGGUUUAGCCCACUAGGUGUCACUGCAGAUCCAGUAGCUUGGACUCUGUGCUUCCGUUAAACUGAAUAGCACAACUCAGUAGUUCCUAUUUCCCAGUGCUUUUGUGUCUAGUUUUGUAUGAAAACAAUGGACUGUAGAUUUGCAGUCAAGGACCUACCGAUAUGUAGGUGGUUAUACACUGUGUUGGCAGAUUUUAGACUUCAGUGCACCCUUUACAGUAGUCAAUAAGUAAUACAGAUUAAAAUGUUUAUUAAUAAUCAACAAUUAAACUUCAUUCAGCAUAUGUGAAUAGAUGUUGUCAUUAUGUUGCCCUACACCCUGGUAUCCUAGGGAACUGCUUUGUCGAGAAAAUGCCUCUUUGAAGAUAACAGCACCUCAAAAUGCACAGCUGCAAAUACCACAAUCCUGUGCUUAUAGUAUCUGGGCAAAAUAAAUUCCAUUUCCAUUUUAUAUCCAAUCUUGUAAGCACCUUGUGGGAUAUGUUGUUUUACUAAGAUGUCAACCAUAUGAUCUAAUAAGACCUUAAAAUGUUAUACUAGAAUAGUGGACAAUGUGUUGCAGUAUCAUUGGAACAGAAUGAUAUGCUGAGCAGUCUCUCUUGAUUUCCUGCAGUCAUGCUUUGUGAUGAUUUCCCUGUGCAGGGUAGCUGGGUGUAAUUAUAAGCUGAUAAGAUCCACAUAAGUCAUGUACCAUGACUAAAGAAGAACGCUAAGUGAGACUCCAUUGAAACAUUAUAUUAACUUCAACUCAAAUACACUUUUGCGAUAGUCCUCCGUUAGCCAGUGGCACAUCUUUCUUUAGCAGUCUCUGUGGUUUGGUCAUGAGGUGAUAAUCUGAUCUAUUCUAACUGACAGAGGCCGUGCACGGAGAGAUUCAAAAGCCAUCUUGUGUCCACUCCAGAGGGUGGGAAAGGACCAGCUCAGCAGAACACACCUGCUGUAGU